GCCAAUGCUGUUAUUGUCUAUGGUUGCAUGAAUUACGAAGUUUCUUGAUUGUAAAAAAAAUGUUUAUUGUCUAUACUUCUUGACAAUCAUGGCGAGCACGUCGAGAAUUGAGGCAAAUAAAGUGGUGUGCUAUGCGCAUCCAGAUGCACCGCUCAUCGAGGAUUACCGUGCUGGGGACAUGAUAUGCUCAGAAUGCGGUCUGGUGGUUGGCGACAGAGUAAUUGACGUGGGUUCAGAAUGGCGUACGUUCAGCAAUGAGAAGUCAGGAGUGGACCCAUCUCGUGUUGGUGGGCCGGAGAACCCUCUGUUGUCCGGUGGGGACUUGUCCACAAUAAUAGGUCCAGGACGAGGAGAUGCAUCGUUUGACAGUUUCGGUGUGUCCAAAUAUCAGAAUAGGAGGAACAUAAGCAGCACAGACAGGGCUCUGAUCAAUGCAUUCCGAGAAAUCAACACAAUGGCUGAUAGGAUAAACCUGCCCAAGACUAUUGUGGACAGAGCUAAUAAUUUGUUCAAACAGGUACAUGACGGCAAAAACCUGAAGGGCCGAGCAAAUGAUGCCAUAGCAUCAGCUUGCUUGUACAUAGCUUGCCGACAGGAAGGAGUGCCACGUACAUUCAAAGAAAUAUGCGCCGUAAGCAAGAUCAGUAAAAAAGAAAUUGGCAGGUGUUUCAAACUGAUCUUAAAGGCACUGGAGACCUCCGUGGAUCUCAUCACGACAGCGGAUUUCAUGUCUCGGUUUUGUUCAAACCUCGGUCUUCCGAACUCGGUGCAGAGAGCGGCCACGCAUAUCGCGAGGAAAGCCGGAGAACUGGAUAUUGUGUCGGGCAGGAGUCCUAUAUCUGUCGCAGCGGCGGCUAUUUACAUGGCUUCACAGGCUUCCGAAGACAAACGCAGCCAGAAAGAGAUCGGCGACAUCGCCGGCGUGGCUGACGUCACCAUACGUCAAUCGUACAAACUUAUGUACCCAUUCGCGGCCAAACUGUUCCCAGAGGACUUCAAGUUCGCAACACCCAUCGAGUUCCUGCCUCAAAUGUGAUUUUAUCCAGACCAAAAUUGCUGUACUAUGUUAAUUCUGGUAAAUAUUGUCUCCCUUUUGACAAUGUCACACAAGUUUAACAACUAUUCCAUGUUUAUACCAACAUAACUAGUGUAACUAUAAAUAAGUUAAUUGACUAGUUUUAAGUAUGAUUAGUGAAUGGUUCUUUCCAAUACUGUGCUAAUAAUGUUAUUGUUUUUGCCGUUAAAGAGUCCAUUGUCUAUGUCUUAUCCGUAGUCAAUGAAUACACAAAUAAAAAAAUUGCAAUAUAUUCUCUAAAUAAUUUUUUAAUAGUAAAAUUGCAGAAAAUAUUAAAAGUUAGGUUUGGGUAGUAACAUAACUGGACUAAAAUAUUUGAAUCUAAUCACAUAAUCGAAAUAAUAAUUGUAUUUAUAGCAAGCCAUAAAACUUUAUCGAGUAGGUACAAUAUUCAUAUAAUAUUAAUAAUAUACAUACAUGUUAGAAAUAUUUUUCUGACAAUAUCUCACUAAUACUUUUCCUUUUUUCUCACGAAUCAUGAAUAUUUAUACCAUGCUUAGAAUGUACAUGAUAUCACUGCAUAAUUAUCUUUAAAUACUGUCUUGCAUUUCGUUUACUACUUUAAGUUUUAAUUAGAACAAAUUUAAGCGAAACAUGAUGUACUUGAUUAGACUAGUUAUGACGUUUCAAACGGAAACACAAAAAAAAGAAUACUUUUUGAUAUAAAUUUAAACUCUUUUCAGUAAUUUAUAUUAAUUUCAAAUUUGUCUAUGGUGAUAUGUGAUUUUAUUUUUAAUCUGUCAAAAGGAUAGAGUUGAUUAGAAAAGGAGUUUUAUAGACUAUGGUAGGGUGCAUGCACCUAUUGUUAUAUAUAAUAUAGAACCCCAUACACAGGUAACACAUUGCAGUCACAUUAAUAAGAGUGGAUUCACACUGAACUGCAUGCUUGACAAUCUUGCUUAAUCAAUACUAAAACGACGAAAAAUUGUAUGUCUUUUACAAAUUAGGAAAUCUCAAUGUUAUAAUAAUUGUAAAAAGUGGGUGUUGGUAUUAAAAAUCUUAAAACCAGACAAUAGUUUCUGAUGUAAGUUAUUGUUUAGAGUUUGCCGCUUAUAGCAUCUUCCAUCAACUCUUAUUCUAAUCCGUAUGGACUAGACAAAAAAUGUCUUCUCGAAUUUUACAGAAAAUUAGAUAGUGAUUUUAAUCAUGAAUAUUUCAACAGCUUUUUUUAAAAGACCUGUAAUUGAAUUUUUAUAGGAAUUAUUCGUAAAUCUUUGCAUAUUUCCAUCCAUAACUCAUAUGCUGUAAAUGUAUGAAACAAAUAAUCAAGGUUGUUUGCUCAGGGAGGGGCUUUAUGUUUUACAACCGGUCUGCUGUUUAAAUCAAACUCUUUUGGAGUACUUUUAAGUUACUCUUAUGGCCAAUUAUAAACACACAUAGCGCACGCCACACAUUAUCAAGCAUUCUUGAACAAAAUGAUUCAGCAGUUUGUCAGUCAGCUGUCAGUUGCGAUUGCACCCACUUUUAAUUUUGUGACUAAUUAUAUAAUCUGUAAGUAAUUUUUUUUUAUUCUAAAUGUAGACUUUGUAAGAGCCAGUAUAAGUAAGUGUUUUGUUUUUAGUUUCUAUCACUUCAGUAUUUGAGAUGAACAUUUUAAUGUGAGGUAUGUGGGCUUGUGAAGUAGACAUUUUAGUGGAUUUACUCCCGUUUUCAAUAGACGAUCCCAAUUGCAUAUUCAAUCCAUCGCGAAAACUACCAAUCAGUUUUUGGCUUGCUUAGGAAUUACUUAUUUAACUGGUUUGUUCUCGGGAUUAGAUCGAAGAUUAAGAUUGGGAUCGCUUAUACUUAACGGCCUUUGGGAAACGGUAGAAAUAUGUACGUUUAAUAACUGCUGAUAUUGGUACCAUUAUAUAGAGACGUGUUGGGUUAGCCUUACACAUAUUGACUGACAAGGCAGUUAACAUAGUAACAUGUUUUUAAAUAAAAAAAUGGUUUACUGUCAAAUAGCGUUGUAGGUGAAAACAGUAUCUCAAUAAUUUGUUUGGAAUAUGUUUAGACUUUUGCUUCAUAAUAACAAUACUUUGAUUUCAAUUUACAUUAUAAUUAGUUAAUUGUUAUGUAUAUUUUAAUUCUUCAUUGAAAAUGUUAAUUAUAAAAGUUUGGGUGAUGUCAAACAAAAAAAUAAAUAUUCGCCUUUCAUAUCAGUAAUUUGACUAAACAGAGCCAUUAAUUUCACGUUUUCAAAAUGGCGAUGAGAAAGCAUUAUUCUAAAAAUACAUUUUUUUAAUACAAAAUGUUACAAUAUUUUGUAUCAUUACGACUAAAAACAAUUACAAGGUAAUGUAACGUUCCGAGAAUAGUAUGUAGUUAACAAUAAAUGUGAUGAUAAUUUCUUUAUCCAUGCAUGUUGACAUAAACUGUAACAACCAUUUAUGAUGACACAGUGUUGCCAUCUCAUAGUUCAUAAUUACCGACAACUUGGUAAAAUAAUACCAAUUUCAUUAUUUGUAUGUAUAGUAAUAAAAUAGACUUUAAUUGCAGUAUAAGUUUGUAACAUUCUACUAUACUUGUAGUUAUGAUCUCUUUGUAUGUUGUCUUAUUAUUUUUAAAUUAAUAAAAACCAUUUUGUCACAAA